GGUGUCGGUGGCUCGGCUGGCCGGGGCUGGGAGCGCGCGGCGAGGGCGCGGCGGGGGCGGGCGGGCGCCGCCAUUUUGCAGGAAGAGGGGCAUCCGGGCCUGUUGGCGAGAGGAGAGCGGCGUCUGCCAUGGCCAAUGUGCUCUGUAACAGAGCAAGAUUGGUCACCUACCUCCCAGGGUUUUGUUCCUUAGUCAAAAGAGUUGUAAAUCCCAAGGCUUUUUCCACAGCAGGUUCCUCUGGCUCAGAUGAGCCUCAUGUGGCUGCUGCACCUCCUGAUUUAUGUCCCAGGACUGUGUGGCCAGAUGAAGUGAUGGGUCCCUUUGGCCCUCAGGAUCAGAGAUUCCAGCUGCCUGGAAACAUUGGCUUUGACUGUCACCUCAAUGGCACCGAUUCCCAGAGGAAAAACCAAGUUUCCAAGAGCCUCCCUGAUAUUUUAGCAGAGCCUUCAGCCAGUGAAAGGCAUGAAUUUGUAAUGGCCCAAUACAUCAAUGAGUUCCAGGGUGCUGGUGCUCCCCAGAAGCAGCAAAUAAAUAAUGCUGAAACCUACUUUGAAAAUGCCAAGGUGGAAUGUGCAGUCCAAGCUUGUCCUGAGCUCCUACGAAAAGACUUUGAAUCCAUGUUCCCAGAGGUGAGUCCCAACCGCCUGACCGUGCUAACUGUCACCCAGAAGACCAAAAAUGACAUGACUGUGUGGAGCCAAGAAGUGGAGGAUGAGAGAGAGAUGCUCUUAGAAAAUUUCAUUAAUGGUGCCAAGGAAAUUUGCUAUGCAAUUUCUUCUGAGGGCUACUGGGCUGAUUUCAUUGAUCCAUCCUCAGGACUGGCAUUUUUCGGGCCUUACACCAACAACACCCUGUUCGAGACGGACGAGCGUUACCGGCACUUGGGAUUCUCCGUGGACGACCUGGGCUGCUGCAAAGUCAUCCGGCACAACCUCUGGGGCACCCAUGUGCUGGUGGGGAGCAUCUUCACCAACGCCGAGCCCGACAGCCCCAUCAUGAGGAAACUCAGUGGCAAUUAAAGCCCUUUUUUGCACCCUUUGACUUGAUGAUCCUCUCCGAGGAAAUGCCACGUUUUCAAGUGUUCUUAGGUAAUAAAGUAGCUGGUAUUUAUUUUCA